UCUUCUGUCUUCCUUUACUCUUCUUAUUUAUCUUCUGCGUUUUUUUAAGCUUUUGAGGGAAUUAAUUCGUGGGUUUGUUGUUUUUAGUUCUUUGUAUUUGUUCUUCCUGGUGAUUUGUGCUUUUGUUUGGAAUCUGGUUUAACUUUUGUUAUUUGCAUUUGAGAACGCCGUCCUAAUGGUGGAUAGCUAGUUAGAAGGUUCAAGGUGGCUCUUUAAAUCAUAUGGGUUUAUGAUGCUAACUUUUUUGAUCCGUGCUUAAUCAUUGCUUUUAAUCACUAUACUUUCAUCAUCAUGGAUACUUCCUUUUUCAACAGUGCUGCCUUUUCUCUCUCUCUUUUCCCCUCUUCAAAGCUGGGUCUACUUUAGUAAUGCGCUUAUUGCUAAAGUGAAGGCAAAAGUUUUAUUGUUUUACAAAUUACAGAUGGAUGUUGAAGUGGGUUCUAGAUUAGGGUAUUUUGGAUUUUUCAUUGGCAAGAUGAGAGAGAAAGACAGAGAGCUUGAUCUGUCAACAACACAUUUUCUUAUUUACACUGUUCUACAUCAUGAUUCUUUUAUCCCUGGGUUGGGUUGUGGGCUACUUGAGGGUUUUAAUUAAUUUCUGCUAUAUGGUGAUGAAGAAGCUGCUGGUUGAUUUCCAUCAGAAUGUUUAGCUGCCUCUGCAAGGAGGACAUCGAAUUUGUAGGCUAAGUCGACCAUUUCAAUUCAAUAUAUGGAACUUAUUGGUCCAAGGAGAGUGAAUAAAAAGAAUCACCUAAUUCGAGCAAAUGGUGAUUCUCUUUUAUCAAAUGUUGAUGAUCUUGAUCCGUGGACUUCAUGGGCCUAUAAACCACGCACGGUUUCUUUGUUACUUGUUGGCGCCUGCUUUCUUAUCACCAUGGUCUUCGACAUUUAUAGUUUUGGGUUGGAUUCUAACACAUUGGAUAGGAAGAAUAAAGGGAGGGCAUUAGAGACUCUAUUUCCUAGUGCAUGCUGGGCCAGUGGAGCUCUAGAUCCUGAAUGCACUGCAUCAAGUGAUCUUGUUACAUCUGUUAAAAGGGGUGUGUGGGCAAUGAUCGCUGUAUUCCUCGCAUAUUGCUUGCUUCAAGCUCCUUCUACGAUUCUUAUUAGACCCCAUCCAGCUGUAUGGCGCCUAGUACAUGGCUUGGCUGUCAUUUAUCUUGUAGCACUCACAUUUUUACUUUUUCAGAAGCGUGACGAUGCUCGAGAGUUCAUGAAAUUUCUUCAUCCUGAUCUAGGCCUUGAGCUUCCUGAGAGAUCAUAUGGGACUGAUUGUCGUAUAUUUGUUCCUGAAAACCCCACAAGCAGGUUUAAAAAUGUCUAUGCAACAUUGUUUGAUGAAUUUGUUCCUGCUCACAUAAUUGGAUGGUGGGGUAAGGCUAUUUUGAUCCGUAAUCAACCCCUUCUAUGGGUACUAUCAAUUGGGUUCGAGUUAAUGGAGCUUACCUUCCGCCAUAUGCUACCAAAUUUCAACGAAUGUUGGUGGGACAGUAUUAUUCUUGACAUUUUAAUUUGCAAUUGGUUUGGAAUAUGGGCAGGAAUGCGUACGGUCCGAUACUUCGAUGGGAAAACAUACAAAUGGGUUGGUCUAAGUCGUCAGCCUAAUAUUAUUGGAAAAUCUUAUAUCCAGGUGAAACGGACCUUGGGACAGUUCACUCCAGCACAAUGGGAUAAAGAUGAAUGGCAUCCCUUACUCGGUCCAUGGCGUUUCAUUCAAGUUCUUGCUCUUUGCAUCGUCUUCCUGACGGUGGAGCUUAACACAUUCUUUUUGAAGUACUGUCUCUGGGUUCCUCCUAGAAACCCUGUAAUAGUAUACAGGUUGGUUCUAUGGUGGUUAAUCGCCAUACCGACCAUUCGUGAGUACAACGUUUACCUUCAAGACAGGAAACCGGUGAAAAAAAUUGGAGCAUUUUGUUGGCUCUCUCUGGCCAUUUGCGUGGUUGAGCUUCUAAUUUGCAUCAAGUUUGGGCAUGGUUUAUAUCCCAAACCAAUGCCAUCUUGGUUGGUGCAGUUCUGGAUAUCUGUUGGAGUUUGCCUUGUAUUAUUCCUGCUUGUUUGGAGCUGGCAACUUCACCAAUUAGUUGCAAGCAAAAAGUGGAAAUAAUUUGUAUUCAUUUCUUCAUAGGGACAAAACAGAAAAUAAUUCUUUUGAUUUCAUGGGACUCCCAUUCAUCAUAAUGUAAAAUUUGUAAUGCAUUUUGUAGAUAGCAUCAGGCUUUCCAUUAGGCUACUAAGUCGUCACCGGGAGAUUUUUCUUUGGGGUUGAGGGAAGAAUGUAUUUUUAUAUUGUGCACAACUCUUAUAAAAUUUAAUUCAUUGCCAUUGCAUUGCCUUCCUAAAA